GACGUACGCCUGGGUCUUCAACGAGUACCCCUACUUCGUGCAGCAGGACCACCGGCGCUUCGUGUCCCAGAAGACGGGGAACCUGUACAUCGCCAAGGUGGACCCGUCGGACGUGGGGAACUACACCUGCGUGGUGAUGAACAGCGUCACCAAGGGCAAAGUGCAGAGCUCGCCCACCUCUCUGAUCCUCCGGUCGGGCGACGUGAUGGGCGAGUACGAGCCCAAAAUAGAAGUUCAUUUCCCCGACAACGUGCCCGCCGCCAAAGGAUCAACAGUCUCUCUCGAGUGUUUUGCCCUUGGGAACCCUGUCCCAGAGCUGACCUGGAAGCGUGCCAACGGGUGCCCUUCCCCAGCAAGGUGAAGAUGAAGUACUCCAACGCCGUGCUGGAGAUCCCAGCUUCCAGCAGGACGACAUGGGCGGCUACGAGUGCGUGGCGGGAGAACCGGAUGGGCCGGAACACCGCUGCCGGACGCCUGGCCUUCUACGCCAAGCCCCAGUGGGUGCAGACCAUGAAGGACACGGCCCUGGCCAUAGAGGAGCGGCUGCAGUGGGAGUGCCGGGCCAACGGCAAACCCAAGCCCUCCUACAGCUGGCUGAGGAACGGGGAGCCGCUGGAGCUGCAGGACCGGAUCCACGUUGAGGAGGGGGUUCUGACCAUCGCCGUGGUGACCCUCUCGGACGGCGGGAUGUACCAGUGCGUGGCGGAGAACAAGCACGGCUCCGUGUACUUCGGCGCCGAGCUCAUGGUCCUUGGUACGCUCGCCGCGCCGCCGCCGCUCGCUUAUCAAUCCUCCACGCCAAGGCGGGGCUCCACCGUCACCCUGGACUGCCGGCCCCAGGCGUACCCCCUGGCCAGCAUCCUGUGGAAGAAGGGGACCCUGCCCAUCCACACCAACGACAGGGUCACGCUGUCCGCCGACGGGGCGCUGCGGCUGGCCAACGUCACGCGCUCUGACGCCGGCAGCUACAGCUGCUUCGCCAGGAACCGCUUCGGCAUGGCGAGCACCACGGGCAGACUGCUGGUGACAGACCCCACCCGGAUCGUGCAGGGCCCGGCGGACGCGGAGGUGACGGUGGGCCGCAGCCUGGUGCUCCCCUGCCAGGUGGUCAGCGACCCCGUCCUGGACGUCUCCUUCUCCUGGGCCUUCAACGGCCAGCUCAUCGCCAAGGGAGACCGCCACUUUGAGCUGCUGGGGGGGAGGUCGGCGGGGGAUCUGAUGAUCAGGAACAUCGAGCUGAGCCACGCGGGGAAGUACAUCUGCGUGGUGGACACCGACGUGGAGAGCCUGUCGGCCGUGGCCGUGCUGGUGGUCAAAGGCCCCCCCAGCCCCCCCGCCACGGUGACGGUGGACGAGCUGACGGACAGCACGGCCCAGCUGACCUGGAGCCCCGCCCAGGAGCACGGCAGCCCCGUGACCCUGUACCUCAUCCAGACCCGCAACCCCUACAGCGUGGGCUGGACCCGGGUCAGCACCGUCCCUGAGGUGAUUGACGGCAGCACCCUGACGGCCACCGUGGUGGAGCUCAACUCCUGGGUGGAGUACGAGUUCAGGGUGCUGGCCAGGAACAGCGUCGGGGUGGGGGCACCGAGCCCCGUCAGCAGCAAGACCAGGACGGAGGACGCAGUUCCCGACGCCGCGCCACUCGACGUGAACGGAGGCGGCGGGAGCCGGUCUGAACUGGUCAUCACCUGGGAGCCUGUCCCUGAAGAACUGCAGAACGGCGAGAGCUUUGGUUACAUCAUCGCCUUCCGCGCCUUCGGGGACGUCUCGUGGACGCACGUGGCCACCUCCGUACCCGGCGCCGCGCGCUACGUAUACCGCAACGACAGCAUCGCUCCCUUCUCGCCGUUCCACGUCAAGGUCGGGACGUACAACAUCAAGGGCCAGGGCCCCUUCAGCCCCGUCGCGACCAUCUACUCGGCUGAGACAGAGCCCAGCAGCAUGCCCGUGGGGGUCUGGGCCAGAAGUGUCUCCGCCGCUGAGAUCGAAGUCAACUGGCAGACGGUGUCAUUCCACGCAGAAAGAGUUCUGGGCUACGAGGUGGUGUACUGGGAGGACGACACCAAACCCGAGACCAUGGGCAAGGUGCGGGUCCCCGGGAACCAGACCUCGGUCACGGUGGGCGGGUUGGAGGGCAGCACGCAGUACUUCCUGACGGUCAGCGCCUUCAACACGGCCGGCACCGGCCCCUUCCUGUCCGCCAUCAACGCCACCACCAAGAAGCCCACCCCGGCUCAGCCCCCUCUGAACAUCGAGUGGACCCUGAUUGGUCCUCUGCUGUCCCUCUACUGGGAGCCCGUGGUGGCCAUGGACCUGGAGUCUGAGGUCACCGGUUACCAGGUUUCCUACAGGAGUCAGAAGCACAAGGAGGUGACCACGCUGAUGACGGUGGGCGCCGCGGCCGAGCUGACGCUGCUGGAGGACGACGUCUACGUCAUCCACAUCCGGGCGCUCAGCGGGGGAGGGCUGGGCCCGCCCUCUGAGCCCCUCCACAUCCACCAGAUCAGUAUGAGCGCGCGUGGCUCCGGAUCGUGGAGCUCAGACCUCUCCCCGCUGGCUCUGGUCCUGGGUGUCACCGCCUCCACCCUGGGCUCCGCCUCAUGACACCACGACGGACCCGCCCCCCCUCCCCCCUCCCCUGGGCUCCGCCUCAUGACACCACGACGGACCCCCC